UGCAACUUUGUUUUGAAUGUAACCAUUCAUAACGAACAGCCCUAGUGAUCGGAUGUAUUUUGUUUAUGUUAUAAUCAUUUUGGUGCUUGAACAUGCUAAACAUUUUUAUACGCAUUAUAUAACUACAGCGUUGUGGUUAGGAUUCAUCCUUUAUUAAGAUAACUAAACGCGAAAAUAAACAUUUCAAUUAUGAAUGUGAAUCAUUUCGUUCUGGAAAACGUGUGGUACUAAAAAUAUUUCAACGCCAUUUUGGAUGCUUUUAUUUCUUUAAUAUGCAGAUGUUUCACCGAAGAAUACUUAAAAGGACUAAAACAUUUCCGAAAUACGAAUGUCAACCAUUGAAGAUUAAAGAAAGUGUUGCCACCGUAGUAACCAUAAUGUGAUCAUUCAUAUAACAUUAUACCUAAAACAAUGGAGGACUACAAUAAACAUUUUAAUACACCCGGAAGCCAAAACUGGCUAAAAGAGUCGGUGGCGGUUAAUAUUACGAAACGUGGACUCGCUCCAUUCGCUUGUAAGGUUUGUGAUGACAUUCGUGUCGAAAAGUUAAAAAUAGCAUUAAAGCGAGUUUUGCCUGACCUCUGUGAGAACUGCUCCAUAGUUGAAGUAAUACCGUGUGACCCUAAUAACAACAUAUGUAAUGCAGGACACUGCCGUUUUCACAAGGGGCGAAUUUUUCGUCCGUGCCUCAUAAUUAAAUGUAACGAGUAUCGUUACACUGUUACCGAAAACAUCCAAAAAGGGAUCGAUUUAGGUUUCACUUGCAAUAGCUGCAGCACAAAGGAAAUCGUACAGUGUAUUCUAGGAAAUAAAGUCUGCAAUUCGGGAAGGUGCAAAUUCCAUAUGGACCAAAAUACAAAACUAGUUAUCCAAACCAGGCCAUGUCCGAGUAAGAUUUGUGAUACGCUCCGGGAUGCCAUAGAAUAGAAACACAGGUUUGGGAAUCCAUCAUGGAAAAACACCGAUGCAAGAAAAUGGUGUAUUAACGCAUGGGAUAUUGCUAAGUGCUUUAUGCCCCCAGAUGGCUAUGCAGAUGUUGACAAUGGGGACGACACUGAUUUGAACGGGAUAAUUAGUGUCUUCAUCAACUGUGAAGAAUUUCAAAAGUAUUUUACAGCUGACCUGUCGAAUCCAAAGAACAUAUGCGACAAGGUUCGUGACGUCGGAAAGCAUAUUCGCCAUGCUCCCGGGUUGGAGGUUACUGACGAUGACUUGAAAGUUCGGUUAACUGAUCUCAAGACCUUAUUUGCUGACCCAACAUUCAACAAAGAAAAUCCUCUUGCGCAAGAUGCACUUGACCAGCUGGAUCAGCUGGAGAAAGACAAACUUGUGAUUCGACCUUCUGACAUCGAAGCAGCCCUUGACCUUAAAAAAGUAGUCGUGGAGUUGGGAUCAGGAUUGGAGAGAAAAGCGUCGGCCCUUGGUGACGUGCUGGAUUGCAAGACAGAUGAAGGCGUCAAUGCUAUACAAGAUGCUAAAGACAGAGCCAUCCAAGACAUAAGUGGGUUGAGUGAGGAAAAACAGGCCUCAUUUAAAUCAGAUCUGAAUAAGACUCUCAUAAAAUAUCACCGGGAGAACAACUCAACGCUGACGCUUGGUCAUUUUCUUGAGACUAUAGAUGGACUCGACGACUUUUAUAUUCCGCCAAAUAUUAGUAUAGUUAUUCCUCAGUCAAUGCAGACAUACGAGACAUCAAAAGAACACACCACAAAACCUCUCGAGAAUCUGGAACAGUUGUUCAGCUCAAAAGGUAUCAUUAUUCUUACCGCAGACGCUGGUGUUGGAAAGACCUCAUUUUGUAAGUUUUUGGUUGCCUCGUGGUGUAAGGUACAAGAGGGAUCGGCCGAUGUGAAACCGAUGGUUAGUGGCACCCCAACCGUUCUUAGAGAUAUUGAGUACUUAAAAAAGUUCAUAUAUUUGUUUUACAUAAAUUUACUUGAAAACCAAUGCGAUAAAUUAGAGGAUAUCAUUUUCUCUCAUACGGAAUCAGUUGACACAAAAUUAACGCGGAGUAAUACUACUUUUGAUAAAAUAUUAGAUAGAAGAAUAGAAACUAUACCAUUCUAAUAACAUCGCGUCCUUGGAAACUUGCAAAUAUAAAUAUGCGCAGUAAAUAUACACAUGCGCAAAUUGACGCUAUGAAACAAGAUGUGUCGAAAGAACUUGUGAUUCGUGCGAACGAAUAUUUAAACAAGCAUUUCAAGACAUCAUAUGAGACCAGUGCCUUCGUACAUGCUGUUCAGAUUCAGCAUGUAGAAUCUCAUCUCCCAAAUCCCAUGUUUGCACUGCAGUUGUUAUGUGUUUACCACAACAAACGCAGUGAAAAUAAAACAUUUCCAACGAAUGACUAUGGCAGUAAAGAGUACUGCACAGAAUCAUAUUCUCACACGCAUGAAUUGACGAGCCUUGGUAAGACAAGAUCGCAUGUAUACGCGAACAUGAUAGAACUGAUGCUACGUAGUGCCGAAAAGAAAGAUAAAUCACUCGUACAAGGUCUAAGUGAGUUAUAUAAGACUAAUGAUCAAACACAUGCACUUCCCGAAUGUUUUGAUGAAAGAAAUUACACGUGCUGUGCUUUAGCAAAACUACUUGUCGAUGUUGGAAAACUUGCUGCCUAUUCACUCUUAGACGAUAAUAAAUCUUUAAUAGAAGAACACCGAAUAAGGAAACUUACGAAAGAUGAAACGACAGUACUUCUUAAAUCUGGACUUCUUUCGAACACAAGCCUGAAAACAAUAUCAGAAGAAAGACGUUUGUACACAUUUUUACAUCAGACUUAUAAGGAGAUGCUAGCCUGUGUGUUUCUAUCUUCGCAAGAUCUCGAUAGUGAUGUAUGGAAAAAGUUAAUAAAAAAAAUUGAUUGUGUUGUGUCA